AAAAAUUGAAAUGUCAAUUCAACAUUACACAUGUCUGCCACCUUUCACCAAUAUUAAAAUCCGAAUCUAUUUGGAUCCUAUAGGCCACAGCCGAUUCUACUCUCUAGUCUCUAGUCCCUUCUCACACUCUCCACCACCAAUGCUGCCAUACGCCACCAUACAGGAGGCGGAAGCCGCCGUGGGCCGAUCCCUCACGGUCGCGGAGACAAUCUGGUUCAACUACUCCGCCACCAAAUCCGACUACUUCCUCUACUGCCACAAUAUCCUCUUCCUUUUCCUCAUCUUCUCCUUGAUCCCUCUCUACUACCUAUUCCUCGAAUUUUUCCUGGAAAAGUAUAUCCAUUCCUACAAGAUUCAACCAAAAGUCAAUCUCACCCUCUCCGAUUCCUUCCGCUGCUACAAAUCAGUCAUGCGCAUGUUCAUCCUCGUCGUCGGCCCUCUCCAGCUCGUAUCGUAUCCCUCUAUCAAAAUGAUUGGGAUAAGAACGAGCUUGCCCUUGCCGUCGAUAUGGGAAAUUGCGGCCCAAUUGAUGGUGUAUUUCUUUGUGGAGGACUACACCAACUAUUGGAUCCACAGGUUUUUGCAUUGCAAAUGGGGGUACGAGAAGAUUCACAAGGUUCACCACGAGUACACAGCUCCAAUAGGAUUUGCAGCGCCAUAUGCGCACUGGGCGGAGAUUUUGAUCCUCGGGAUCCCGUCUUUUCUCGGCCCCGCUAUGGUCCCAUGUCACAUUAUUACGUUCUGGUUGUGGAUUGGACUGAGACAGAUUGAGGCCAUCGAGACCCACUCUGGGUAUGACCUUCCUUGGACUCCCACAAAAUAUAUACCGUUUUAUGGUGGUCCAGAUUACCAUGAUUACCAUCAUUAUGUUGGUGGCCUAAGUCAGAGCAAUUUUGCUUCAGUAUUCACCUAUUGUGAUUACAUCUAUGGAACUGACAAGGGCUACCGAUAUCAGAAGAAAGUCCUUCAGCAGUUACGAGAAGGCUCCAAAACCAAUGGUGAACAAAAUGGAUUUUCACACAUCUCAGGGGAAGAUAUUAAAGUUGGUGAACAAAAUGGAUUUUCACACAUCUCAGGGGAAGAUAUUAAAGUUGACUAGAUCUGGAACUUCAGAUGCCACCACCUUCAUAGUUAAAGCUAGUGAAGUUGUGGAAGCAACAAGUUGACCAAGUGCUUUAUUUUUAGUUUGCUCAUAGAUUUGGAAUUUCUAGUAGUAUUGUGGUCUUAUGUAUUAGUGAUGAAGUGUUAGUCCUUAAGCUUGUUUCUUUUUGACGGUACGUUUAGCUUUGAUAAGUUGAGAUCAGUCUCAUGGGUUGUGUAUUAUGAUUAUGAAAUUUGAAACAAGUUUUUCGAUCACCUGUUGGCUGAAUUAGUGAAUUUGAAA